UCAGCUUUAAAAUUUGAAGUUUAUCCUACAUUUUUAACUAAAGAUGAUUUUGAGGGUUUGUUUACACGAUGGAUCAAAAAAUGGAUUUAUGAUUUUCCAAAAGAUACAUUUUUUUCUUAUUUCUCACAAUUACAAGAAGCCGUGAUGGAAUUUACUGACUGCAUUUUUAAUCUCUGCAAAGAGGUAGUUUCGAACAAAAAACUUAUGACAAAACUACAAGAUUCAAGAUUUGAUGUCAUUGUUGCAGAUGCCAUUGGUCCCUGUGGUGAGCUGCUGGCUGAGCUGCUUCAAAUACCCUUUGUGUACACUCUGCGCUUCUCUCCUGGAUACACAUUUGAAAAGUAUAGUGGAGGACUUCUGAUCCCUCCUUCCUAUGUAGCUGUAAUUUUGUCAGAAUUAAGUGGUGAAAUGACAUUCGUGGAGAGAGUGAAAAAUAUGAUAUAUGUGCUUUAUUUUGACUUUUGGUUCCAACUAUUUAACGCGAAGAAAUGGGAUCAGUUUUACAGUGAAGUACUAG